UUUCAGCAAUGGCGGGUAAACUAGCUGCCUUGCCUUCAGUACAAAACUCGUGCAUUACAGUGUAAUAAUGAUUUUUCUUUUUUACAAUGAGGAAGUAGAAACAUGAUAUAGAGUAGACUAGUGACCUGAACGAUUGUGGUAUGUGAUUUUUAUAAAGGUCAAAGAUACGGGAACAGUUAAUAUGUCACUAAACAAUUUCCCAUUGUCUCGAAAGAGGACAAGAAGUAACGAGCUAUUUCUGGAUUUGGUAUCUCAAAACUGCAACAUGGACGACGAUCAUAUUCAGUGGGCUGAGAAAGACAGUGUAUCAGAAGCUGGGAUUCCUAAUGAAAGCUAUGAUCCUGACGAGGAAAUCCUUCCUCAACUUCCACCUAAAGAGGCAGCACUUAAAGAGACAGCACCUAAAGAGGCAGCGCCUGAAGAGGCAGCAGAUUCCAUGUCUUCCUCCAGCAGUCAGAACAGCAGAUAUCACAAUUCUGCAGAAAGACAAAAAGAAAGUGAUGAUGAGAUGAGUUAUCACAGUGGAUAUAGUGAACAAAAUGAAAUAGAAGCAUCUCUUCCCAGCCAUGCAUUCAAGGCAGUUCGUGGRCUACCGUCAAAUAAUGCACUAAAACAAAACAUGAGAAGAACAUUAAGGGAAAGAAAGCCAAAGCUUCGUGGUAAUCUUGAGGUUGAUGGUAGAGGUUUUAGUGUUGACAAUGAUGAAACAGUUGCUAAUGAAGAUCAAGUUUUCCAUGCAGCAGACCUUUCAUCACCUGAGUUUGCCGCAUUCAUGGGAAGAAAUGCGACAGUGAAAGAGGUGCCCACAUCAAUAAGGCGCAAGCGCAGCAUAAGGGAAAAUUUGAACAAUGAAGUACGUAAAAAUGAUAAGACAAAACACAUCAGUGCCUGGAAACAUUUUCAAUUAAAUUUUGCCAUGGGCUGGCAGCAAUUUAAAGCUGAAUGUAAAGAGCUUCUCUAUGUCAUGGACAUUUGGGGAGGCCAUUUAAAAACCAUUCAAGGAAUGUUUGGUUCAGGGGUAUUAUCUUACUUUGUGCUUCUGAGAUGGCUUUUCCUCAUCAACUUGGUUGUAUUUUCUCUAACUAUUUUCUUCCUGGUUAUUCCACAAAUGGUAUACCAACCAAGUUUUGAAAACAACAGURCAAGUUUUAGGGGCUGGGAGCUACUUACAGGAGAUGGUUAUUUUACCAAGACAGAGCUUUACUAUGGCUCAUAUACAAACAAAUCUAUCCCAAUGAGUUCUAACAGUGAGUUAGUGUACAAGAUGCCACUGGCCUACUUAUGCGUAGGUGGAGGCUAUCUGCUUUUGUGCCUUGCAAUUCUGGUCUACAGCAUGGCUGAGUCAUACAGAGAGAACUACAUCUACGCAGGUGAUGAGUUUAGUUUUUAUAUAGCCAAGUUAUUCUGUGCAUGGGAUUAUGGAAUCACUGACCAAGAAUCAGCAGCACUGAAGCAAAAAAGCAUCUACAAUGACUUUAAGGAAGUUAUAGCAGAUCAGUUUUUCCACAAGGAACAGUCAGCUAAGGAGCUAUGCUUUUUGAUAUCAAUUCGUUUAAUUACCAACCUUUUGGUAGUGGCAUUAAUCGGCGGAGGAUCAUUUCUGAUUUACUUUUGUUCAACGAAUUCUUUCACGGUUGAUGCUGGGGAGUUUGAUAAACUGUUAUUUCCAAUCAUUGUCUCUGCACUCAAUCUGGUACUUCCAGUAACAUUCAGGAUCAUUGCCAGCUUGGAACAAUAUCAACACCCAAGAACUACAAUCAACAUCAAUCUUGCAAGGACAGUAUUGCUUAAAUUGACAUCACUUGGUGUCRUCCUCAUAGCCUUGUUUUCUGAUGUAACAAUUUGCCGCAAGGGACAGGAUUUGGGUGAUAAAAAAUGUCUGCCGGAAAUAAAAGAGUGCUGGGAGACACAUAUAGGAAUUUCAUUUUAUCGGCUGAUUGUUGUUGACUUUGUGUUUCUGUUGUUAUCAACAUUUUUUGGAGAAUUUGUGAGAAGUUUGAUGACUAAACACAUUGGAUGGUGUGGUCAAAAUGUUGGUUAUCCAGGCUUUGACAUUUCUCGUAAUGUGCUUGAUCUUGUGUAUUGUCAGAGCUUGGCAUGGAUUGGUACAUUUUUCAGUCCACUUAUCUCUGCUGUCAAUGUCUUCAAGUUGCUAUUUUUGUUUUACAUAAAAAGGAUAAGUGUGGUUAACAAUUGUAAGGUAUCUGGGCGACCAUUCCGUGCAGCGAAGAUGAACCUGCUGUUCUUGGUUCUGCUUGGUGUUGCAUUUUUGGUAUCAAUUAUUACUGUUGGAUACACAGUUAUGUCAGAAAGUGAAAACAUGUUAAAACCUUCCAAAAAUUGCGGGCCUUUCAGAGAAUUGGAAAGCAUGUAUUCUGUUAUCACCGCGGAGCUAAGGGACUUUCCAUCAGAAUUAAAAAUAGCAAUUGAAUACUUGUCCUCGGCAAGCUUUCUUGCCAUGCUGUUUUGUAUUCUUGGGAUCGUUGUAUAUUAUUACAAAAUGCUGAAAGACUCAAACGAAAAGAAGAUCAAACUUUUGAAAGAACAAAUAGCUCUUGCUGGUCAAGACAAGCUUUACCUUAUGAGAAAAAUAACGACAGGUGUUGCGAUGGCUGAUGUGAAUGUUCAACCCAGUCAGCAGUACUGAAAACAAACAAGUCAAGGCAUAUUGUUUUGAUUCAUUCUUUCCUUCAAUGAACCUACAGCAACCUAAACGUUUCCAACGUUUCCUAUUUUUAUAGUUUGUUUUGGUUACUUAGUGCACAAACAUUAUAAUUGAAAUCUUAACAAAAGAAACUUUUGGAUGUUCCAUUUCCAUCAAAAUACUCAAAACAUGGAAAAUGAAUUUCCAAGAUUUUUUUUUUGUUACAGGUAGUGCUUGAAGUAAUGUUCCCAUUCAAUAAUCAAUAUUUAUAUCACCAAUAGCAACACCAUAGCAAAUAGUGCUCUAUAGUGGUAAUAUUUAAUCAUUAGCAAUAUAAUAUUUACACCUCACGAUUGAAAAAAUGAAGAGAGGGACUCAGAACAUGAGAUACCUGUAAGAGCAAGUAGAACAGAUAUUGCACUUCAAGAGGCCCAAAUCGCUGUUAAAUGUGCUGGAUACACAAGUUUUUAGGAAUAUUUUCCCUGGAAAUUUUGCUAUUCUAAAAGAAUAUAUGAAAUGAGAGGAAUAAAAUGAAACGAACUGGAAAUUUAAGAAAAAUUUGGGAAAUUGAAAUUUUAGGGUCAAAGCUCAGGGCCGUAACCAGAACUUUUACAGGGAGGGUGCACAUAGAAUAAAAUCGGACCAUUGAUCGUUUUUUUUAUUACCAACUCAGUGACGUAAUUAGGGAUCUUACAGGAAGGUGCACAGGCAAUAAUUUGCAGAACCAAAAAGAAAAAAAAGGUAACCAAAAGAAAGCAGAACUGAAAAAAAACCUAACCAGAAGAAAGCAGAACCAAAAAAAGAAAGGAGAUGGAUGAGCGGACCUUAAGCUUUUAUGGGGGUUGCAUGUGCACCCUGUGCUCCCCCCUGGUUACGGCCCUGAAGCUAAUUCAUUUUUGCCUUGCUUGUAUCAUUGGUAUCUGGUAGAAUCCAGGCCAGGGAAGGGUAAUGAUAGAAUUCAACAAAGAAGGUUAGAAUGGAGGAACUUCUAAAACUCCUCAAUCCCAUUUUUUAGUAAGACAUCAUUUGUUAGAUAUUGUGCAACUUAAUAUGUAUUAUAAUUCUAAGCACAUUAGCAACAAUGGUUUAACUAUUUUAAUACUAUAAUAUUUUUUGAUAAAUACAUUGUAAAAUAUAUUCAA